AUCGGAAUUGCAGCUCUAUUUUUUAAUGACAACAAAUUACAAGGAUUAGUACUAUAAUAUAAUAAUAAUAGUGUCCACCGCCAGAAUAAAGUCGGUUAAACGGGGGGCUAUUUAAUCCAAAUUAGGCCGACAAUUGUGAUUUCCAUAUUACACCAAAUUCAAUCGCUUCUUAAACAGAAACCCUAAAUUCCGGUAUUUUUUCAACUCCCAAUUCUUGAAAAUUUCAAUCAAGAUGGUGACUGAAACGGCGGCGAAACCUCCCCGAUGGAGCGAUCUUGGAGAAGACGACGAAGACUUCGAUCAAUAUCUGCUGCCGCCAAAGCAGGUGAUCUUUCCGGACGAGAAUGGACAUAAGAAAGUAAUCGAGUACAAGGUGGACGAGAACAACAGGAGAAUUAAGGUCACUACCACCAGCGUUGUCCGCAAAGUUUGCGUUAGGGCGAACGUCGCCGACCGCCGCUCCUGGCCCAAGUUCGGCGACGCCGUUCAUGAAGAUGUCGGUGCGCGCCUAACUGUGGUCUCCAAUGAAGAAAUCCGCCUCGAACGCCCUAAAGCCGCCGGUACCUCACAAGAGGAAGAGAUUAAUUCAGGAGAUCCGAAUAAAGGAGGAGGUGGUGUUAUCAUGGUUUGCAGAGUCUGUGGGAAGAAGGGUGAUCACUGGUCAGCGAGGUGUCCGUAUAAGGAUUUGGUGCCUGAGGGUGGUACUUUUGUUGAGCCAUCACAGUCGAACCAUCUCCCUCCUGAUGGUUCCAUUCCAAAACCAGCAAAAUAUGUCCCUCCAAUUAAAAAAGAAGGAUCUGAAAGACGGAGGAAUGAAGAGAACUCUGUGAGAGUAACCAACCUUUCAGAGGACACGAGUGAGCCCGACUUGGAGGAGUUGUUUGGUCAAUUUGGUCCGGUGAGCCGAGUUUAUGUAGCUCGUGAUCAGAAGGGAGGUGGCAUAAGCAGAGGGUUUGGUUUUGUGAAUUUUAGAAACAAGGAAGAUGCUGAGAGAGCCAUUGCCAAACUGAACGGAUAUGGUUAUGAUAAUCUCAUCCUUAGAGUUGAAUGGGCUGCUCCAAGAACGAACCUCUCUCAUUGAUGAGUUUUUGAGACAUUUCACCCUGGGGGGGUGGUGGUGUUUUUUUUUUUUUUUAAAGUUUUUGUGCUUUUGAAAUCUGUAGAGAAUUAUUACAUUCCAAUUUAACUUUCUAUUGUUUUUGGAGAUAUCUUUUUUUUUUUUGAGACCUUCACAGUGAAGGUAACAAAAAUAUCAAUUUGGGUGCUCUUUAGUUCUCUGGAAUGAACCCAUAACAGGGCAAAGAAAUUUUACUCUCCCGUCUAGAUAUGAUGGUUUUGUUUAAAAUUUCACUUUUAUAAUAUUAAAAGGAUGACUUGAUAGGAUUCCCAACAGCAUCGUUCCUGUGCAUGGCUAUCCCAACGUGCGAAUUUCAGCCGAAUACUUUUGAGCAUGAAACAUACGGAAUUGAAUAUGCACAUUUUCGUAUUGGGACUUGGAAUACAAUAGUAUACGGGAGGAUUUAAUAAGAAUUUGGAGGAUGCAUUUUGUAAGAAUUUCUCCAACAAAUUAGGAUGUGAAAUAAACAGACUAGAGUUCAGUAACUAUAGUUCCACAUCUUGUAUUGCGACAUACAACGUUCUAUUUGUUCCAGAUGAUUUCAGAUGGGCUGGCUUGGUCACAAAUCCUGGCUCUCGCAAUGGCCCUUCUAUGAUGAAUGGACACAUUUGACCCGAUUCAUCUUACUAAGUUCGUUCGUUACAAUCUGGAAUGAUUUCUGCAAUAAUUGACAAACACAAUCGAUUCAUGAUAUUUUAACAUGCGCGAACUAUGAUCCUAAGAAUGAAAAUGGAAAACCAGAACUCAGAAAUGAUAGACACCACGAAAUUAGAAAUUCUUUCAAACUAAAGUGCGUGGAUCACCAAAAAUGUCCAGAAAACUAAGUUUCAACAUUCAGCCACAAUCUAGGAUGAACAAGAAAAUGCAUCAUUUGGUUAUGCUGUCGGUCUCAGAGAACUUACCAUCAAAAUGAGUUUCAGUUAGUGCAUAGAAUUGUGAUAGCCUUUUGACACAUUUGUUAAUUAAGACAUAGAUACGUACCUUCAUCAAAUACAAUUAGAUUAAGGAAGAGGGACACUUAGGGAUCCAGCAUCAAGCAAUCUUGGGAGUAUCUGCAUUCAUGGUACGCAAAUAUUCAAGUUUUCAAUAGCAACAUAUCAAGGAUGUAGAUACAAGAGCUGCUAGGAACCAUACCUCCCCAAGUCGAGCAUUGAUUCUCAAAGGUACAAACUUAUCAGCUCGUGUCUCGCCAAUAUUCACAAUUGCAGUCGCAGCACCAGUUUCAUGAGCAGCUCUAAUGCAAAAUUAAUUUUUUUUUAUUAAAAGGUAACAUUAAUGAAUGUCCUAUCGUGAACAAUAACAACAAAUUUACAUUCAAGAUUCGUAUCCACAGAUUCAACUUGGAAUGUGAACCUUAACACUACAAACACUCUAAUGGGUAUUUAUCUCUUUAGUCUUUCACCAUGAAAAUGUUCAAUCGAGCUGCCCAAAUCAUCCAAAAUUCCAAGGUAGUUACGCAAUAUAUUUACAAUCAUAACAUUUCCAGUGAUGAAAACGGUCAGCAGAUUCUUAGUUCGUUUAGGUCAUCUCUAACAAUUAGAGUCUAGCUAAUUGUGAUCGCAUAAUGAUAUGAACACAUUCAAAGGAAGAGAUUCAUUAGCUUGUACAUUUUAUGAGGGAAAAAGAGAGAAGAAAGUUUAUUAUUUGGUUGCUAAAUGCAAACUGUUCAGUUAAACAAUGAAAUCCAUAUAGAAGACUCGUUCUUUAUUUGAUAAUUCCAACAGCACUGAAACAGGAAGAAAAUAAUAAGAAGGAAUGGGGCCUACUUCGGAUUCAAGUUCAACAGGUGCCCUAGCUAUGUGUUAAGAACUGAAUACUGAUAUCAUGGUGUCCAAAGAAGAGAUAUUUUCCCAAGUUAUGAAUAUCCUGAAGGCUAAAGAGGAUACACUUGGUAUUAUAUGGUCAAACUAUUCAUGGGAUCACGCCUAAUACACCUUGACAGAUCUAUGAUUAGAUCAUAACUGACAAUAUUGGAUAGACCGCUGAAACAAUUUGGUAAAACUAUACAUCACAAAGGAAGACAACUUUUCCGAGUGAACAAUAAGGUAGAGAUAUCAUACAGAAUUCAGCUGUUAUUAAUUCAGGCACAAUCCACCAACUAUGUGGUCCCUGAGAAAAAGCCAGAAAUGCCUAAAUUAAGAAGAAAAAGAAGCAGCAGAAAUGCAUCUGAAACAAGAUGCAUGAUGAAAGCUUGAAAGUCGACAAAAUUAUGCAGAUUGUCAGCCGAUAUGUAUUGGUGUCAAUGUGUUUCUAUAGCUGGGCAUGUAAAAGCUUCUUCUAGAUUUUGGUAACAGCCAUUGAAAGACCAUAAGUUCAGAAAAGCGGUGUAGCCAAAUGUCAAAUACUGUUCCUAAACUUGGCCAAUAAGCUAAAGAUAUUAUCAAGUAAAUUGUGUAAGAAACCUUGAAAGCUGGAGUAGUGGCACAGCCGCACAGCUCAAAUAAUAUAAAAAUGAAGGUUGUAACCUCAAAGAAGUAGACUUCAGGUCAACCCUUGCCAAGAAAGCAAAUUGCAGUCUAAAGUUAUGUGUACACAAAAACCUAAACAUAUACAACAGGGAAAAUGACCAAGGUAUAUUUUACCCCACUAUGCGAAGUUAAUAAUCUAGAUGAUAUGUUGCCAUCAUACCCUGUUAAGAAAGUACAUUGAUAUAAACUCAUCAUGCCUUUUUAAAUAAUUUCUUUCUAACUCUUUUAAGGUCUUCCCUUUGACCUUACACUUCUAAUUUGAUUUAGAUACUCAUCAUCUUACUGGUGGAAUCUGUGGACCUCCUCUGCACUUGCCAAAACCAUCUUAAGCGGAAGCCCCCACUUUUCUUUCUAUUGCAUUCAUCUAUUUGUGUAACCCCACCCCCCCCCCCCCCCGUCUUUAUCAUCGAGUAUGUCCACAAAUCGAUCUCACCUUUACUUCUCUUACAUCUUGUGGCCACUAUUCGAAUCUACAAAACAUAGAACUUCUCUUUCAAUUUCAAAGACAAUUUAUUAAAUCUUUUGGAUGUGCUUUUUCUAGCUGACUAAUUUUGAGAUUCACUAUAUUGACCUCUCUAUGAUUACUUCCAUACAAUCAAGUUUUAAACUCAUAGUAAAACUAUAAGAUGUAAAAGCUCAAAUCGAAAUUUAAAAUUUGGUAUCUAUUUCCUGUCUCAUUAUUCACACACCUACCACUAUUCACAGCAUGAUGUUUAGUCUGCAUAUUAUUUUUUUGUUGAUAGUAGACAAUUCUCAUGAAUAGUAAACUUCUAAGUAAUUCUUCAUCGGCUAUACACAUUAUAAGUCGUUCUAAUUAGAAUAGGGUGUUAUUCCUUUGUGUUAGAGCUACUACCAAGUAGUAAUUGCUUCUAAUUGGACA